AUGGUGAAACUCGCGACGGCGCGUGAGAUUAGAACGUACGGACCUCGGCUCGGGAGGAGCAGAGCCGAGUACAUCAACGCAGGCCUAUACCUGUUCGCAACCGUGGUGCUCAUAGGCGGAUUCACCGCGACAGGAUUCUCGUGGGAGCCAAGAUCCGGCCUCGUCCUUAUUCUCUUAGCUCUUGCUCUUAUAACUGCUGUGAACGUUCACGAUCUCGUAGCUCAUUUAGCCGGAAUUGAUUACCGUCUAAAGUUAAUGGAAUAUGAUUUGCAACUGGGGCUAGUGGAAUUUGCCGUCCCUCUUGUUCAGAUAGCUGGUUCGGUCGUUUUCUUCUUGGGAAUACUUAUUGUUUUCAAUCAGGCAGAGACAAAACAUGGAACUAGUGGAAGAGAGAAGCACGCAUUAAACAUGCUUAUUGCCGGUCCUUUGCUUUGGGUGAUAGGAUCGAUACACAACUCGUGCCAAAUCUAUGAAAGAGCAGAUAGUCAUGUUCAGAUUCUACAGCAGUGUGUUCACAUCCCUUUCUUGGUUGGGUCCCUUCUAUUCUUGGUUUCCUCACUUCUCAAUAUCUUUGAUCAAUCCGGGACAUCUCAUAGCGCCUUGAAGCUUCUUGGGAGGAGAUGGGUUUGGCUUGGGAUUUCCGGGUCCAUAUGUCUGUUUGUGGGAGGACUAAUGAACGUUGUUAAGGUGUUUAACUUCGUUCAGAUCUCUGGGCUCCGCCUCGAGAAACUAAGAGGCGGAGCACAAGAUCGGCUUUUUGAAGAGAGAGAAGGAUAUCUCCCUCUUGUUGCUGAAGAAGAAAGAAUUAGGAAAAUGGAAGCUGACCAUGCUUCUAAUAGAGCCAAAACUCGGAACCAGUUAGACUCCAAGGAGGGAGCUGGUACUGCAGAGGCCGUGAUGGGAUCUUCUCAGACACCGUACAAGGAUGUUCUCUUAGGACAGAGCUAAUUAUGUCUUGUCCACAGGUGUGUUUUUUUGUACUACGUUUCUAAUGUUUUAUCAUGUGAGAUCACAGAGUUUGCCGUUAAAUGGAUGUUAAGAUUCGUUUCCUUUUUGGAUAUGCGGAGUUUUGUCAGGUUUUAUGAGAUAUUGA